GCUAUCAGCCGUCCGAGAGAGCUGAGGCCUCUUGCACCAAACUACCUAGCUAGGUAAAAUCGAAAAACCGGUUUCAGAAUAAGCUAAUCAAACGGUGGUAAAUUUGUUUGCAAUAGCCCAAUACAUAAUCCUACAGGUGCUUGGUAAAUUUUACACGCAAAUUGUCACAUUUGAGUCUUGGAUUGGGUAUACGAUGCAAAAUAAUCCAAGCAUUGGUGCAAGAGGAUUUUGGUGCAAGAGGCCUCUGUUAGGUUUUCAGCUCUUUUUUCAAGUAAUUUAGCCACUGAACUGAAUUUAGCCGAUCGCCGAUCAUUUUCUCAAGAUUUAAAACAAAGCAAAGAUCUGAAGUGGAGGAUCGUAUGGUACUUGAUUUCUUCAUUUGUCAUCUCUGCAUUUCAGUGGUGGUUGCAAAUACUCAGUUGGCCCGCCGAGAUGCUGACCGGCUGCUGCGCGCGCCUGCUGCGCCGGGCGGCGGCCGUGCCGCGGGUGCCUCCGGUGACGGCCGGCGCCCUCCGGCUGGUGGACGCAGGCCCCGUCCCGCCGCCGCCGCCGCCUCCGCCGUCUCUGACCCUGCUGCUGUGCCGCUCCGGGCACCGGCUGGCCGUGCCGCCGGGCGUCCCCGCGGCGCCCUGCUGUGGACCGCUCUCCUCGCCGUCCACCUGCGGCCCGGCGGCCCCUUCACCGGGCCGCUGCGUCCGUCAGUCGGCCCGGCUGUCCACCGCCGUCCGGACGGCAGCCUGCCCGGCCUUCCAGUGGAGGAGUCUCAGCGACCAGUCCACUCGGGAACACAGCGACGAGCCGGCCCGGGAACACAGCGACCAGCCGCCGCGCAGCAUGGUGGAAGACGUGCGGCGCACCGGGCAGCAGAUGCGCUCCACGGUCCGGCGCAUGGUCUCGCAUGAGAACAUUUACACGGUGCCAAACGCGCUGUGCGUGACGCGGAUCGCGCUGACGCCCGCCAUCGGGUGGCUGGUGGCGGCCGAGGCCUACGAGCCGGCGCUGGCCUGCUUCAUCGUGGCAGGGGUGACCGAUCUGCUGGACGGCUGGAUCGCGCGCACAUUCCCCGGACAGUCGUCGCUGCUGGGCAGCUUCCUGGACCCGCUGGCCGACAAGCUGCUGGUGGCCACGCUGUUCCUGUCGCUGACCUACACGGGUCUGAUCCCGCUCGGACUGACGGUGCUCACUGUGGCGCGCGACCUGGGACUGAUCGUCGCCGCCGCCUGGGUGCGGCACCGCUCCGUCCCGCCGCCGGUGACGCUGUCGCGCUACUUUGACCCGACGUUCGCCACCGCCCAGCUGGAGCCCACGUUCAUCAGCAAGGUGAACACGUUCCUACAGAUCACACUGGUGGCCUCGACGCUGGCCGCUCCCGUGCUGGGCUUCGUGGACCACACGGCUCUCAGAGUGCUCUGGUGUGUGACAGCCGGCACCACUGUCACCUCGGGAAUGGUAUACGCCCUGCUACAGAGCUCCACCUACCGGCUUCUGGACAAAGAGGACGCCAAACGGCCGCGCUGACGGCAACUCCAGCGGCAAACGGCCGCGCUGACGGCAAAUCCAGCGGCAAACGGCCGCCCUGGCCGCAGCUACAGACGGCAAACGGCCGCGCUGACGGCUACUCCAGCGGCAAACGGCCGCACUGACGGCAACUAAAGACGGCAAACGGCCGCCCUGACGGCAACUACAGACGGCAAACGGCCGCCCUGACGGCAACUGCAGACGCCAAAUGGCCGCCCUGGCCGCAGCUGCUGCGGCGAGGAACCGAGGGCUGAGUCAGCCGACGGCGGGGCGGACGGGACACCCCCGACUCCACUGUAAACGAGGAUCGAAACCGACUGAGCAGGACUUAGCGAACUGACAUUCUGGGGGGGCUGGCUUAUUGACGCGGCGUAGCCUGAUCAUGGCCGACAGACAGACUGAUAGACUGACAGACCGGCUGAUAACCUGGCGGACUGACACAGUGACAGUCUGUCGAACUGACAAUGUGACAGUCUGGUGAACAGACUGACUGACAGAUAGGUAGCCUGGCAGAUUGAUACUGACAGUGACAGGCGACUGACGGUCUGGCGAAGUGACGCCGACAGCCCGGCAGUCCGGUCCAACCGACAAUCAUCCUUAGUUGACGCUCGCCCUCAGACAAGGACAUAAAGAGUCGGAUCACAGCCCGGCUGCCGGCGCCGUGACUCGCCCGGCUACAGGCACAUGACUCACGGCCAUGAGGUGCAUUCACCCGGUACUGGGAGCUGACGUGCACGGCCCGGCGCGGUGUUCAUUAUGCAUUAUGCAGACGGCCGUGUCGGGCGGCUGUGCAAGGGAGCCCGCCGGCCGGCCGGACGCUGACUGCGGCAUGUGUUCGGCGUGACGGCGCCCAGCUGCCGCCGGGGCACUGCUUAGGGUGCCAGCCGGGAGUCGGGCCUGGCUCAGCGCCGCGGGUUAGAGCCGCCGGCGCCCGAGCCACUCACUACCAACGUGCCCAAACAGUCCAGCUGUAGUGAGUGCACGGCAGGUAGCCUAUGUGCAAGUGCGAGCGUUUUGGACGCAUAUUUUCCGCGGCAUCGAUGUUGUGUGCAAUCACCUAUACUGUACCACGAGCUUGCUGUUUGGA